AUGGCUUCCGUGGAUGUGCCCGUACCGGACGAGCGCGAGAUGCCGAAUGACGGAUCUCCUAAGGAUGUGGCGCAGCCUGCAGACAUGGAAGAUACGGUUCAACAAGUGGCGGUUUGGAUGACUGAGCUGGACGUUCUGCAUGCAGGCCUCCUGCGCUUCGUCCACGCACACAAGGCCCUCCGGCGCUUCGGCCAGGCACUGCGAGGAGGGGUUCGGGACAAAGCCGCUCUUUAUGCGCGCAGCACCCAAUGCCGGGAAAAGGAAAACAUCGACGAAUUCUGGUCUCACUCCUGGCAUCAGGCUGCAUGGAGAAAGGUUCUCUGCCUUCUGUUCUUGAAGAAUGGCAUCGCUGCUGCGGGAAUUGGUUCCCUCCUAUCCUUGCUCGGCUUCCUGCUGUCCUUCAUGCAGAUCUUGCCUUCGUCUUUCGGCUUUGGUGGGAACGUGUCUUUCUGGAGUACCGCCUUUGGUGUGGUCGGCUAUCUGGCUGCUCUUGUAAAAUGGCCACACUCGGACAAAGUGUUCCUCGAUGUGUGCUGCAUACACCAAGGAGAUCAGCAACUGAAGGCACAGGGCGUCCUCAGCAUGGGAGGCAUCCUUCGGAGAUCGAACCGCCUGCUGGUGCUCUGGGAUGUGACCUAUGCGGAACGGCUGUGGUGCGUCUUCGAACUUGCCGCCUUCAUGCGUGCCAGCAACGGCAGCCGCAAUGUGGUUGUCAGGCCCACACUUCUCGGGACCUGCGCCCUGUCGAUCUUCUUCGCCGUGCUCAUCAUGGUGAUGAUUCUUGCGGUCAUGAUCUCGCACAACCGGGAAGGGCCGGAGUAUUUGGCCGUGAUUGGCCCUCUCCUGCUCUU